GCGUCGAUUAAGCCCAAGUUCAACGAAAUCGAGACUGCGCUAUGCCGCGGGAUGCUGAAUGAUCAAUACGCGUGUUACGCUCUGGACCAAAAGACGGAAUCGUCAAACUACGUGUCAUCUAGCAACAUCAUGAAAACCAAAACACACACCUGCGUGCCAGGUGCUGUCGGCGUCGAUCUACCUGCUGGAGAAUCAAUCGAAGAAAUCGCCGAAUCUGUAGAUGAGUUACGGGAGAAGCUUGCCAAUAUGAAAAAACUUAUGAAAGAGCGAAGAGGCACAACGCUGGGAGAGAUCAGUGCCCGAAAAAGGAAAGAAACUUCUAACAUGAUAGAUGACAAUCUCCUGUCCUGGAUGUUCGGAUUGGCUCUUAUGGGGAUUCUACUUGUUAGCUUCUACGCCUUCUAUAAUCUUUAUUACGCGGUGCUGAAGAGAUUCCCAUCCCAUCAUACGGAAUUAUAAAAAAGUGCGUGAGAACAAAAAGGAGCGGGGCUCAAAAUUUUCGCAAAGCUGAAAUUAUAUUACAAAUCGGCCUUGUUUAAUUUCCCUAUCAGAUAAUAUCCCAACAAGGGUAAUCCCAAUGCGUCAGAUGUUCUUUUUACUAUAAACUCUUUAACUGCCAUGUGUUUGAUUUUUCUCAAUAAAAAUGGCAUAGAAAAGUAUAAUAUCCAAGUAAUUAAUAAUUAAAAAAAAAUUGUAGCAAAUUAACCCUUAACGUAUAUACGUGCGGGUCAACGGCGUCCGAGCCUUAAUGAUAUCUGCUCGUAACUGUAAAACUUGCAAGCCUGUUAGAAGAUAUUAAAUAAACGAUGUUUAUCAAAAUGACUAUAAAAUCGUCAACUACAAUGUAGACAGAUGUUUCAUAAAUUUUUUUAAAUUUUUUAAAAACAUUUUAAGGUAGGGAAAAAUAGCGUUGAAUGUGACAGAUCUACGUAUGCACUUAGAAGGUACUGAAAAAACGUAUACACUUUAAGGGUUAAAUUUGAGAAAAAAAAUAGACGACAAUAAUAUGCCAUACUCUUAUUUAUAUUUCAAUAUAAUUUCAUAUUUA